AGAAAAAUGAAUUUAGUUGUGUGCUAUUAAUAAGGUUUUUGCUUAAAAGAUGGAGGAACCUCCUUCAACUACCUCAACUCAGAUGGACGAAUUACAAGUGGAUUCUGAAAAUCAGCUGAAAACGUCAGCUGCGCAUUCAAAAUGGACGAAACAAUCGAUAUUGAAGUUGUUUACAGGUUUUUUCCGAAAAAAGAAAACAAUUGAGAAAACAAGUGAAUCAGUGCUACAGGAGUUACUACAGCCAACAAGGUACAAACCAAAUGAUCUCGAACAGAUAAGUUUGGAGACCAAAUUUACCAAGAACGAAGUAAAAUUCUUGUACAGAGCAUUCAAAACAGAAUGUCCAAACGGAAUAAUUGAUGAAGAAACAUUUAAAGAAGUUUACGAGAAAAUAUUCCCAAUGGGGGAUGCUUCCAAAUACGCCCAGAUUGUAUUCCGAGCCAUUGAUAGGAAUAGAACUGGAGGAAUAACAUUUGGAGAUUUUAUGCAAUUCCUCUCCGUGAUUACGAAGGGAACUGACUAUGAGAAAAUACUCUGGAGUUUUCAAUUCUUUGAUAUAAAUCAGGAUGGCAAGAUUACAAGGGAUGAGAUGAUUAAGGUAUCUGAGUCUGUGUAUGAACUGAUAGGAUUUCCUCUAAUAGAAAAGGGUAAACUUGAGUUUGUGGAGAAUAUAUUCUUCAACAUGGAUCUAGAUGGAGAUGGGGAGGUUUCAUUACAGGAGUUUAAGUCCUACUGUGAGAGAAAUGAACAAGUUUCAAGUUCUCUCUUGGUUCUACCUUAGUCUGCUGAUAGCGAUCAGACAAAACUGAACAAACCCGAACUUAUAGCGAUGAGACAAAAAGGAAUUGAUUUGAACUGACCUGAACCGACUUGAACCGACCUGAACCGACCUGAACCGACUUGAACCGACCUGAAUCGAACUGAACCGAUCUGAACCGAACUGAACCGAACUGAACCGAACUGAAUCGAUCUGAACCGAACUGAACCGAUCUGAACCGACUUGAACCAAACUGAACCAAAACCAAACCAAAUCUGAACUAAAUAAGCUCAACUAAAUAAACUCAUCAAAAUCAA